AUGGCAGCGCUGGCCGCAGACACGGCCUCGGGCGCGCCAGCGCCAGCAGCGGCGCCUGCGACCGCGCCUUUGCCAUUAACAUACAAACGUCUGGUGGCGGAGCGCUGCGGGGCGUCGUUUCGGGAGGUGGCGCGCGUCGUGGACACACCCAUACAGCUCCCCGGCCCGGGGGAGGUCCUCAUUCGCAUCUCGCAUGCUGGCAUCAACGGCGGCUGCGAGACGUUUCGCGUGCGCGGCGAGUUUGCAUUCUCCAGCAACUGCGAGAAGGAGGGCUUCCCGCUAGGGGCCGAGGGCGCCGGCGUGGUGGUCGCGCUGGGAGAGGGCGUCACAUCCCUACAGGUCGGCCAGGCGGUGACAUGCAACGGCGCCGCUGCGUUCUCAGAGUUCGCAGUCGCCAAGGCGCUCAUGUGCACCCCCGUACCCGCGGCCACGCCCGAGGCGGUCGCGCUGUCCCUGUCGGCCGUCACCGCCUGCUGCGCGCUCGAGGCGACGGCGGGCGUCAAGGCCGGGGACACGGUCGCCGUCACCGCGGCGGCCGGGGGGACGGGCCACUUUGGCGUGCAGCUCGCAAAGCUGGCGGGGGCAAAGGUGGUGGCGAUUACUGGGUCGCCUGAGAAGGUCGGCUACAUUUCUGAGUACCCCCACGCCCUGGCCCCGGGCACCCCUGUCAGCGCCGGCCCCGACGGUGUCUCCCUGGACGCCCUGUUUUGGGGCGGCAAGGCCACCGAGCUGGAGGGGGGGCGGAGGGUGAUAGGCCAGGUCUGGCCCUCGGAUCCACGGGCCAUUCGGCAGUGCAAGCGGCGAGUGUUUGACCUCCACGAGACUGGCCACCUGGUGGCCUGGGCUGAUGUGAGCCACGGCUUCAAGGGGGUUGACCAGGUGGCCGAUGCCAUUGAUUACAUGCUGGCCGGGCGGCACGUGGGCAAGGUGGUCAUACCCAUCACGUGA